AUGAAAUACGGUGACAUGGUACCAGAAACAAUAGCAGGAAAAAUUGUCGGAGGAGUGUGUUCACUAAGUGGAGUUCUUGUCAUUGCAUUACCUGUGCCAGUAAUUGUAUCUAAUUUCAGUCGCAUUUAUCAUCAAAAUCAGCGAGCAGAUAAAAGAAAAGCUCAAAGAAAAGCUAGACUAGCUAGGAUAAGGAUAGCAAAGGCCUCCUCGGGUGCCGCAUUUGUAAGCAAAAAGAAAGCUGCUGAAGCCAGGAUGGCAGCUCAAGAAUCUGGGCUAGAGCUUGAUGAAAAUUACAGAGAAGAAGAUAUAUUUGAACUGCAACAUCAUCAUUUGCUUCGAUGUUUGGAAAAAACGACU